UACGAUUAUACUUUUUUGAGUGAAGUUGUGCUAUAUAAAAUUAACCUACGAGCUACAAAGACCGCUGUUUAUUCACUAAAGUUCUUCCGAUUGGAAUCAUUUAAAAGUUGGCAGUGCUAUAAUUGUAAAAUGGCUUCAGCAAUUCGUAUGUUCACCAGGAACAUGGCAUCAAAAGUUGAUAGCAUUAAACAUGUUACGGUCAUUGGAGGAGGACUUAUGGGCAGCGGAAUUGCUCAGGUUGCUGCAACGUCCGGUUACAAUGUAACUCUUGUCGAAGUCAAUGGCGGAUUGCUGGAGAAUGCCCAGAAAAAUAUUAAGAAAAGUCUGGAAAGAGUCGCCAAGAAGCAAUUCAAAGACAAUGAUGCCGGCCAAAAGAAAUUUGUGGAAGAAGUGUCGCAACGGAUCAGCGGAAGUGUGGACGUCAAAAGUACAAUCAAAUCGACCGAUUUAGUCAUUGAGGCAAUCAUUGAAAAUAUCAAGAUAAAACACGAACUGUUUUCGUCCAUCGACUCCCUGGCCCCCGCUCACACUAUUUUCGCAUCGAAUACAUCGUCACUAUCCAUUACCGAAAUAGCAUCUGUUACGCAGCGAAAGGAUCGUUUCGGUGGAUUGCAUUUCUUCAAUCCAGUACCGGUGAUGAAACUGUUGGAAAUUAUUCGCACCGCUGAUACAUCCGAUCAAACGUACAAUGCAAUGAAAAGUUUCGGUGAAUCGAUUGGAAAGGCAUGCAUUACUUGCAAGGAUACACCUGGCUUUGUUGUCAAUCGCCUGCUUGUGCCGUACAUGGCGGAAGCGGUUAGACUAUUGGAACGCGGAGACGCAACUGCUAGAGAUAUCGAUACUGCGAUGAAAUUGGGUGCUGGUUACCCAAUGGGUCCGUUGGAACUGGCUGAUUAUGUUGGCUUAGAUACUACGCACCACAUUAUGAAGGGAUGGAAUGAGAAAUUCCCGGAUGAACCAUUGUUCAAGGUCAAUCCUCUUGUGGAGAAACUCGUUUCCGAAGGCAAAUAUGGUGUAAAGACUGGCGAAGGAUUCUACAAAUACAACAAAUGAAUUUGAAUGCAAUAAAGUUUUGUUACAAUAAU